AUGUGGGCACUCGAGCUCAUCGUCGAUCCAGACGACGCAUGGAAGAACCAGAUGAGACACAGCAUCGAAGAAAACCUGAGCUGGAUGGUGCGCGCGGCCGAGCGGGACCUCCACGCGAAGCUCUGGGCCCAGAACGUCAGCGCACGGCGGCGGGACGCCUUCGUCGCGGAGCAUCUGACGACCAUGGCGUGCAUCCGCGGCCGUGUCGAGGAGCUCGUGCGGGACGCUGUCAUGCGCGAGCGCGUGAAGCGGCAGUGGGUUCUGGACUAUGCAAGCAGGGAUCACGCUCUCCUUAAAGCUCAGCAGGCGAUGCUGGGUGCCAUGGAGAUGAAGCACUUUGGCAGCUACGAUCGGAUGAAGCGCUGCGGAAGCCCUUCACUCACCGUUGGACCAGAACGCGAGCCAUCGAUACAGCUCCACGGCUCUGGAGGUUCUAUCGAGCAUUCGCGUCAGACUUCUCAUGCUCAUGAGACAAAGUUUAUCUUUCCUCUUUAUUCUUCCGUAGAAGCUGCAGAUAGUGCGCUUUUUGCCAAGGUAUCCAAAGGCUCACCGAACACAUGCGAAGCGGGCUUACGUGGAAGCAUACAUCUAUCUAACGCCCAUGUCGAACACUCGUCGUUUGUCGGCCGCUACGAAUCGCCUAUCGAGCUUGACAUUCACGAGCACUGCAUCACGGGUGCACAAGACCGGAAGGAGACAGAGAAUGUUGGUUACGGCCAGACGCCAGCAAGAGCAGGGGGAGAGGGGAAAGCGCUACGAGCGGAAGGCAAGAGGAAAUGGGAUGGGGAAGAGAGCGCCUAUGGAAAUAUCCAAAGGGUCAGGAGGGAGAAGAGGCCGCAUCUGGGCAGAGAGGGCAGCAUUGGUGGCGAGGGAAAUACAGGAUCGAGGGAGGAUGCGCUAGAGGGAGAAAACCUUCUCGAAGACGUAAACAAGAAUGGACCAGACACGGAACAGGGCUUGUGUCUCCUCCCAAUUAUUCCGGACCAUCGACAUCUUCAGGUAUCCACCCACGACUCUCAACAACCUGGGCCUCUAUCAGUAGCUCAGGAAUCUCUUUCGGCUCGGAGCUCGGUGACAAAGAAGAGUGGGAGUAGUUUAUACUUUCAUCGCCUCUUGCGCUCUACAGGUUUCUCAAUAUCCAUGAACGACCUGGUAGGAACCGUAAAAAACGAGUCCCCAUCCAAGAAUGUGUUGUCGUCUUCACGCGAAGAAGCCAUCCAGAACCUCGUGAAUGCUCUGUACUCUGCGAAAGGAUUACCACUUGAAGCCAGCCUGCAAGAAGUUCUGACAGAGGCUCUCUUCAAGGUUGCAAAAGACUCGGGACGGUAUCCACAGCAGCUGCUAAUUGACGAUGUCGACAUCUCUGAUAACUCCCCCGUCGGUGUUGGAGGAUUCUCAGAGGUUUACCGAGGGACAUAUCAGGCGGAAGUGGUCGCGGUGAAACGAGUGCGGUUGAUAGAAUCGGAUUUCGAUACAAUAUUGAAGGACUGUGCUAGGGAGGUGGUUGUCUGGUCUUGCCUGUCUCAUGAGAAUAUCCUGCCUCUUCGUGGAGUCUUCCUUGGCGAAUAUCCGUCUGGCAGAGCUAUUCUGGCGUUUGUCUCUCCAUUCAAGGAUGGGGGUGAUCUGUCUCGGUACCUGCAAAGCAAAGAAUCACCUGAUAGACAUUCUCUGAUCCUUGACAUCAUUAGCGGCAUCGCAUACUUGCACUCGCAGAGGCCGCCUGUGAUACACGGUGACAUCAAACCUACGAAUAUACUUGUCUCUGCAGCUGGACGAGCCUAUAUCGGCGACUAUGGCUUAUCUUACAUUAAAAACAGCGCGCGAGUACGCUCAUUGAGCUCCCCUCGGCGUACUAUGGGUAAAACUCUUCAGUACUCCGCACCAGAGCUCUUGACGGAAACCCCGCCUCUCUCUCGAGGUCGAGACGUCUUCGCGUUUGGCUGUUUGGUGUUCGAGAUUUACGCCGGAAAACCUCCUCAUACUGAGCUGCAGGGCGAAGGCGCCAUUGUGUGUGCUGUCAUUCAGGAUAAGGAACUUGUCAGGCCAGACGGAAUUGGAGAUACAUUAUGGGACGUCGUUGUGAAGUGUCGGGAAUUUCACCCAACGGACAGGCCCAGUGCCGAGGAAGUUUUGGAACUACUCCGGCUAAACCUCCGCAAACUCUGCCCUUCGUCAUCUACUCACAUUGUACACAGUUGA